CAGUUAAACAGGCUCAACUAAGUUCGACCAUCCCAACUCUCACGACCAGCCUCAUUGUUCUGAGUGGUAUGGGUUUGCUACUCGGUUAGCCUGGGUUAGUUCAUGACAAGACAACAGCGUGUGGAGUAGAGUGAAUGUAUGAAAGCAACAAAGAACGCAUUUUCGUACUUGUACGUCAUAUCUGAGAAGUGCAUUGUUGUUAAAAAUAUGACUAUGUGAGAAAAUACUGACAUUUUGGUUAUUUCUGUCAAAAAGGAAAGUGUCCCGUCACACGUGAAUUAGAUUGAAAGUGUGUACGUACUGUAUAUGUACAUUUCAAAAUGGAAAUGCAAUAUUGGACCACGACCUACAGUGCACUUUUAUCAAAUUUUGAAAUCUAAAAGUAAAUUAGCUUGUCGAAUACGUUGCUAGGGCGUCGUUGAAGUCCUUCUUCAAGUGCGAUCGAACAUCGUUUCGACAGUAUACAGUCUGACAGCUCCAUGUAGGCGCGUGUACCUCUUUUAAAGUGUUUAGUUGUAUGCGCUAGCGCAUGUAUAUAAUUGUAAAGUCUGUGAGUCCAGUGUGCGCUAAUCUACAUUUGUGUGUGGCUUUGUGCGCCGGUCGAUUGCCACAGCCGGAGCUCGGAUGCUCCUUGCUUCAAGGGGGAAAAGCAUCGAAGCAUAGCAUCAGUGUAUCCGCACAUGUUUGUAUAGAAAAAAAUAAAGAUAUGUGUAUCUCAACAUGAAAAACUUUUUGUGCAUAAAUAGAUUCAUGGGAAUCGUAAAAUUAAAAUUGUUUUAAUUAAGUAGUCUUUAUACAUGUGAGGCUAGUGACUUCAGUUUGAGUGGAUGACUAAUUCAUGUCUCUUCUUCAUUUAUGAAUCAGUCCUUGGAUCUAUUCAGUGAGCUAAUAAAAGUGGAGGGCUUCAACUGUUACAAUCCUACACGUGUGAUGUGUAAAAAUUAAACAUCUAUCAUUUAUUCAUAAAAGUUGACUUUCAAAUAAAUGCAAUACUUUUUAUACACUAUAAAUUAUUCAUUGGAAUAUUUGCAAAAUGAUUCUCAUUAUUAUCAAUACAAAAGUUAGCAGUGUUGUUUAAUCCAUGACAGAAGAAUUUUUUAUAUUUAUUAUUUAUUUACUGCUAUAGUAUGCUAACGGAAACAAGCAAUAGCACAUAUAUACAUAUAUACAAUAAUAAUAACAUAGAAUACGAAUGUGCUUAAAUUUCAAGAAAUGAGUGAUAAUUUCAGCAAAUAGAAAUAUUGAUAUUAGAAAAUAAAUCAAGAGAAGAGCAAGCGCAGUUGCCAUACAUAAUGAAAAUAUCUAGUACACUUGGUAAAGUAGUUAAAAUAAUGAGAACAGGAAGUGGUCAAGGAUAUUAAAAUACAAAUCUAUGAAAUGCAAUUGACAUUAUGCUCCAAAAAAAAUUUGAUAAUAAUAACAUUAUUAUUUGAAUUAUUUAACCAAAUUUUUUGGUUAAAUCCACAGCAGCAUUUAUUGAAUUAACGCGUUCCACAUACAAAAGUGGAAAAAUAAAGGCUUAUUUUAUUACAUAGAAAAGUGAAACCCGUUGAGGUAUGUUACGGAUAUCCUAUUGAUAGAAUAAACGUCGAAGACUUUGAAUUGACUUGAAGAAAUAUUUUUUUUACCACCCUCAAGAUUGUCAUCAAACUUUCAAAGAAGAAAAUUAGCGACCGUUAGAAAAAAUGUUACGGCAUCCUGAAUGGUAAAGGGAAGUAAGAAAUUAUUUUUAGGCAAACAACGAAUUUGGUUCUAACGUUUAGUCGCAGCUGCUGUAAACUAUAAAGAAGGCGACUAAAAUGUCGGGACCAAUGAUAGCCCGAGGUUCUCAACCAAUCAUUUCUAUAACGUCAACAUUUUUAAUAUUAUUCUCAAUUAUCUCAAUUGUCGCAACUCAAACAGAGAAUUAUGAAACUCAAAUGAGCCCUGAUGAUGAUUCAGGAGUUCCAAGUACACCCUUGAGAUUAACUGCUCACGGAACAAAUUCAACGUCAAUAGAGUUAUCAUGGUCAGAACCAAAGCAUAAGAAUGGGCAUAUCCUUGGAUAUCGUGUUUUUUAUAUGCAUUCAAAUUUUACUGAGGUAAAAACAUUAAAAGAGAUCAAUGAAACAACAGAAUUCGUCUUGGAUGAACUAAAACCAAUGACUGAAUAUAAAAUUUGGGUAAAGGCAUUUACAUGGAAGAAUGAAGGAGAACCUUCUGAACCUAUUAUUCAAAAGACUGAUGUUGCGGGUCCAAGUGCCCCUGUAAUUUUUAAUCUCACUUGCCAAGCUCAUGAUGCAAUAUAUGUCUAUUGGGCACGCCCGAAAAUUUUUUGGAACUCUAUUGAUUACUAUUAUGUAAAAUAUCGAAAUGAUAUGCUCAAUAAAUAUAAUGAAAUCGAAAUUCCUGCUACUGAAGAACAUCUUCAUAGUGGCAUCACCAUACCAAAUCUCACAAUAAACACUAUGUACGAAGUAAUGGUGUGUGCAGGAACUAAUAGCACUAUUAAUCCACACACCGUUGUCAGAGGUGAUUGCAGUCCACCAAAAACCCAACGCGUUGCUCGUAAUUGUGAUAAAACACCUCCUCUAAUGCGUCGAAGUACCGAUGAACUGAGUCCAGUCGUUAUUGCUACAAUGAUAUGUGGCUGUUUUGUUGUAAUGCUGGCUAUUACAGCUUUAAUUUUAUGGAGGCGUGUUUUUAGAAAAUGCUUUCAAACAACGUACUGUUUUUUGGAUUAUCCACCAAGAAAUGUAUCAUCACAUCAGGAAUGGGAAAAUAGUAAACAAGACGGUGAAAGGACGGCAGUUCCAGUAUCUCAAUACGUUCAACAUGUAGCAUCACUUCAUGCAGAUGGUGACAUUGGAUUUAGCAAAGAAUUCGAACUAUUUCCAAAAGAAACUGAACUUUAUAUUGCUGACAACUCUAAAUCUGCAGAAAACCAAUCGAAAAAUCGUUAUGGGAACAUUAUAGCAUAUGAUCAUUCUCGUGUUCGAUUGCUUCCUUGUAGCGGAAGUCCUUCAAAUAAAGGUCAGGAUUACAUAAAUGCUAAUUAUAUUGACGGAUGGCAACGAUCACGUGCAUAUAUUGGUACCCAAGGGCCAUUACCAUCAACAAUCGAUAGUUUUUGGCGAAUGGUUUGGGAGCAACGUGUAUCAAUUAUUGUAAUGAUCACCAAUCUCGUAGAACGUGGUCGACCGAAAUGCGAUAUGUAUUGGCCUAAAGAAGGUUCCGAGACUUAUGGUCACGUUCAAGUGACUUUAGUUAAAGAAGACGUAAUGGCUACUUACACUAUUCGAACACUUCAUAUCCGCCACAUGAAAGUUAAAAAGAAGAAAAACGGUUCUAACGUUGGCGAACGAACGGUCUAUCAAUAUCAUUAUACUGGAUGGCCUGAUCAUGGUGUUCCUGACCAUCCUUUACCUGUAUUAAGCUUCAUUAGAAAAUCAUCAAGUGCUAAUCCCCCAUCUGCUGGGCCUAUUAUUGUUCAUUGCAGUGCUGGUGUAGGCCGCACGGGUGCCUACAUUGUCAUCGAUGCAAUGUUGAAGCAAGCGAAAAGUAAAAAUGAAAUAAAUGUUUUUGGAUUUUUGAAACAUAUACGUACACAACGAUAUUCACUAGUCCAAACUGAAGAGCAAUAUAUUUUUAUUCAUGAUGCUCUCCAAGAAGCUAUUGAAAGUGGGGAAACAAAUAUUCCAGCUGACAAUUUAUUACAACAUGUUCAAGAGAUGCUUUCUCUAUCGAAUUCACGAAUAGAUCCAUGGAACAACAUUGAAGCUCAAUAUAAACUCGUAACAUCAUGGAAACCAAAAGACUUUAAUUUUGUGUCAGCUGGAAAAUCGUUUAAUGCUCAUAAAAAUCGUAAUCCGGAAAUAGUACCGAUUGAAAAUGCUCGUGUGCAUCUAACACCAAAAGCUGGUAUUGAUGGUAGUGAUUAUAUCAAUGCUACAUGGUUUUCUGGGUUCCAUCGGAAUCGGGAAUUUAUUUUAACGCAACAUCCGUUAAAAAAUACAAUAAAAGAAUUUUGGCAAAUGCUUUGGGAUCACAAUGCUAAAACAAUAGUGAUGUUAACUCAAUGUGAUGAUAUAGAUUAUCCUGAAUUUUGGCCUAGUGAAGGCGAAGAGCUCAUGACAGAUAAUUUCCGGGUACAUUUAUGUGGAAUCAAAAAAACUGUUAACGGCGUGGUUCUGAGGGAAGUUGUCAUAAGAUCGCUUCAAGAUGACUAUGAGUUAAAUGCUCGUAUCGUUCAAGGACCAGUAAAUCAAAAUGGCCUUUGGCCUCAUAAUGACAAUCCUAAAGUAUUUGUUAAUAUGAUUCAAGACUUCUACAAGGAAUACCAAAAUGGACCCAUUGUUGUUAUGGAUAGAUAUGGUGGUAUUGAAGCAGCAUUAUUUAUUCUACUCACAACAUUGAUGAAACAACUCGACUUUGAAAAAAGUGCUGAUAUUUACAUGUUUUCUAAAUUAUUAUACAUGAAAAGGCCUGGAAUUUUUCGAUCCAAGGAUGAUUAUGUAUUGAUAUACAAAUGUUUGGAAUCUGUACUAACAUCGAAAGUACGUGUUGAACCAGAUCUUUACAUCAUGACGAAUGGUCACGUAAAUUGUUCUAGUGAUUCAAAUAAUAUGAUAACACCAGUUCCUCCAGUAGAACACAUUUCAACAAAUUACCCAAUGAAAAAUGUUGGCAUUCACGAAUAUACUGCUGUAGAAAUGCCCAUGGAAUAUGCAACAGACUAUGCCAAUCCUAAUCAUCUUAGCCAUAUUAAUGAUCGAGGUUGUUCUACAAUCGACGGAUGUACCGAGUUUAGUGAUCACCAUAUACUAACUGAUUCUGCGGGCCUACCACUUCGUAAUCCAAAUUACAUCAAUCAUCCUGGCGUAGCUAUUGACCCCAAUGGAUAUAUUACAAAUGGAAAUAUGCGAAUACCGCCUGAAGGAAUGGAGUCAACUUGUACAAUUAUUCCUCAAUGAUGGAGGCAUUCUGCGUCUUACGCUGAAAAUACAUUAUCGGAUACUUUGUUGGAACAUACUACCAAUAACUUAUACACUGCCCCAACUAAUUGCAAUUCAUUUGCUUACAGUUGGCAUGGGUAUUAUACCACAAUGCGAGUGACGCAUAAAAAAAAUGUCUCUAUACCGGGUCAGUCUCGCUUUGAUUUUGGCGAGUGCAUUUAAAUUAUUUUAUUUAUUUUUAAUAAGAAAAUUAGGAAGACUUUAGUGAUAAUUAUUUAUAAAUGUGUUAUUUCAACUGUAAAAAGGUAAAAAGCAUCUAUUACCAUAUUAUGUUUGGAUGUAAACAUGUCAAAGAUAAGUCAUUGGAAUCGGAGAAUUUAAUAAUAUACAUUAAAUCCAUCCAUUAGUAAUUUUCGACAACAGAAUGAAAACUUGCAUGAUUAACAAAGGUAACUAUGCUUUAUUUGUAAAUAAUUUAUGGACCAUCUAUGUAAUCCAGUUGCCAAAGAAUUAGUAAAUUUAUUAAAUUUUCAAAUCAUACGAUAAUUAUUACGCUAAUGAUAAUAUUAAUAAUAUAGAUCCAUAGAAAGCUGUAAAUAGGCGUGUAUAAUAUUGAAAUUCAGUUCUUCAUAAAUUAUUGUAUAAUUUUCGUGCCAGUGCUUUCAUUCAUAUAAUAAUUCCGUACAGAUAUUCUAUUUCGAAUCUGGAUUAAAUAUAAUCAGUUACAAAUUGUAAAAUAUAAUUGAUUAAAAUAUCGUAUAACGAACCAAAAUACGAUAGUUAAUUGUUAGAAAAGUAAACGAAACAACAGUUCAUCAUUUAUAAAAAUCAAUAAAAGAAAAGAAAUCCUAAUUACAACUGAUUUAGUACAAUUUUUAAAAUUACACAAUAAACAAUCAAGUUUUAUUUUCAAUAGAAAAUUCUAAAGAAAGUAUAUUCCACAAUUAAGUCUAUUAAUUAAUUAAUAUACCACUUAGUUUACUCAAUUUUUUUUAAUGAUUAUAAAUAGGAUUUAAUUUCUCAUAUUUUUUUAUACUAAAAUGAAGUUGAAUAUAUGAAUAAUUGAAUAUUACAUAUAGAAAAUAAGACAAAUUUUUUAAUCUGAUUUACUAAAAAUUUUUUAAUAUACUUUAUAUACGUAUAUCUUAAAAUUAGUAAUACAUGUCAUUCACAAAUAGCCUAUAAAAUGGCAUCUUUAAAGACUGAUGAAAAAUAUUCACUUUGCGUAAAACAGAGAGUAAAUAAACACACAUUAGACAUUGUGUUAUUAAAAAAAAUACUGAUAAAAGAUACUGGGUAUUGCAAUUUGUAUAUGUGUGUAAUACUACGCAUUUAAAAUCAACGAGUAAUAGAAAAACUAUCUGUCCAAACAUUGUAUGUAUUUCGUACUCAACGUGUGAGUAAGAAGAAUAUUUUCUUUGUUAAACAAAAUUAAUUUAAUUGAAUAUAGUGUCGUUAAUGUACCCAUAAUACUUCUCGAUAUUAGUGAAGUGAAAAGUUAAAAAUUGUUGUGCAUGAGUUACAAUCGAUUGUAAUCGAUUGUUUUGUUGAAUGUAUACUAAUAAUCGUUGAUAUAUUAGAAAAUAUAUAGUAUAGUAUAUAUUAUUAAAUAAGAUAAGUAAAAAAAAUAAUCUUUCUGCCUAUGCAUUCGAAUGCUUGUACCAUAAUGUCAUAUAAUAAAUCUAAUAAAGUAUUCGAAUAGUUUAUUCGAAUCAAUGUUGAAAUAUAAAAAUUAGAAAUAUGUAAUUCUAUUUAAUUUUAGACUGUCAAAGUUAUCCGUAACAUGUUGCAGAUCAAACGAUGUAUACUUUAUUACUUACAUGUUACAAACCAAAAUUGUUAUGCUGUCAGAGUAUGGUAACGAAUGAGUGUUUUGUCAAUCGUUAGUCAACUACAUUCUUAAUCGUCCAUAAACACUUUUUAAAUUAAUUUAUGUAGAUCAACCAUUUAUUUUUUAUCAACAUAAUAUGUUUUAUCAAAUUUUUAGAGUCUUUAAAAAUAUUGCUUUGUAAAGAUAUAGUAAAAACAUGGCAUUUACUAUGAGUUACUUAUGAUCGAUGAUUAUUCAAAUUUAUGCAACGUAGCAUGGACGUUAAGAUGAUUUAUUCUGUUUUCCCUGGUGAAGAGACUACAAAUAUGCUGCGGCAGGUUCCGGAGUGAGAAUGACGCUUGAAUAAAAAAGCGUAAGGUGAAAUAAGCCAAUAGCAAAUAGAAAAGUUUAUCUUUUCCUUACAAAAAUAUUAAAGUUUAUUUGUUCAAUCACAAAUGGCAAUUAUCAGGAAUGUUACAGUAAUUAUUACCAACACAAUAACACUUUAGAUCCCGUAUUAUCAUUUUGCAAUAUUUUUUGUUCAUAUUCUUAGAUGAUUACUCAUAAAUAUUAACAAUUUUAAUAAACAAUCAUGUUAUAAAAUACAUAGUACAUGAAUUGAUGAGCAGAAUAUAAAUGAAUAGAACUUUAUUAAGUAAUAAAAGUAAUGAUGUUGUGGAUGUUGAAAGGACAAAAGUGAUUGCUAUAAUUUAAAGUAUGGCAUGUGCCAAGAAUUUUAUAGAAGCUCUGAAAACUUUCCAUAUUAAUAUAUCAAACGCUGUAGAUUUACAUGAUCAUGCAUACACAAUUAUAAUCUAUGUAUACAGAUGUAUAUAACUAUUAAUUUUAAGAUGAUAAGAAUAGAUGUGAAUAGCAGUAAAAUAUAUUAGAUUCUAGUCAGCAUACUGCCUAUAGAAUGGCACAUGCUUGCACCAUAUAUUUACACACUGACAUCAUGAUAAGAAUAAUCAUAAUUAUAGUAAUAUUACUGUUAACAUUAAAUAAUUAUUAAAAAAUGUAGGAUAUAAGACUGAUGAUCGAAAAAUAUGUGAUUAAAAUAUUUGAGAAUAUUAAAUCUAUAAUACUCAAUCAAAUACAGUGGAAUAUCUAGAUUUCGUUUCAUUACAUACAUAAUCUAUAAAAAUAUCCAAAAUGAUGUUUGAUGCACAAAUAUACCUUUUUAACAGUUUUACGUUUGAUAUUAUCGUAGGAAUAAAAUUUUACGUGUCCUGCAUUUUUUUAAUAAAUCAUUUUGAAGCAAUAAACAGAUACAUCUUUGUUAAACAAAUCUUAUUUUAUUGUAUUUAUAAUUACUCAAUCCUUAGUUUAUGUUUUUACAUUGAAAUGAUAAAAAAGUAUGCUAAAUGUGAUGAUACAAUGAAUGAUUAAUUCUCAAGAAUUUAUUAUGGAAAAUAAAAAAGAUCUCGUCAAGUAACAAGAAUUAUCAAAAUCCAGUAAAAAAUUAAUAUUGUAAUAUAUGCAGGAUAAAUAACAGAAAUAAAAAAUUGGAAAAUAUUCCCAAAACCAUUAUCAAAUUAUUGUAUACUACUUUGCUAAAAAACAAUCACUAUAUAUUUGUCAAUCUGUUUAAUAGUUUUUUUAUUUAUAUUUAAGAUAUUGCUGAUUAUAUUUAAAAAUAAUACUUUUUUUACUGUCUCCUAAAUAUUGUAUUACAUCUAAAAGGAAUGUUUGAUAGACCAAUAUUACCAUUUAAGCUAUCUAAUAUAAUUGCACAAUAAAUCAAAUUACUGAUACAGAUGAUUAAAUUAAUUGAUUGAUGAGAAUGAUUGCAAAGUUUUUUUAAAAUUUUUAAUAAUAAUAAAAGACAUAAAAAAAGUUUCUAUUUAUAACGUUUGAUUGAAAAUUACAUGUGCCAUUUUUUAUCUAAAUACAAUUACUUACCCAAUAAGAUCUACUUAUCAAUGAUUAUUAUAUUUCUAUAAUAUAGUAGUAAAAUAAUUUAUUGAUUAUAAAUGAAUAUUACCGACUUUCUAGUUUUACGUAUUUGCAUGGAGAAAGACAAACAUAAAAAUGACAGAUCAUAAUUGAGUAAAUGUAAUAAAUGAACAUAUAAUCAUAAAAAGCUACAAAGUAAUUAGAAAAAUUAAGAAUGGUUUAACUUACACUGAUGUUGUGAACAGUGAUAGGCCAAAUAUUAUUAAAAUAAUGUGUUUGACGUGUCAUUAAGAUCGGAAUGUAAUUCGUUCGUAGCAUCUUCAUUAUUCCCAACAGUUAUUGUAAAUAACCAUUGUAAAUAUUUUUAGAUUAUAUAAGUCGUAAAAUAUAAGUAUCUUAAAAUUUAACUGAUGUAAUAACACAAAGAAUAUAAUGA